AUGGAGGCGGCGCUCGGCUACAGCGAGGCUGGGCUCGGGGGGCUGCCCGCGGUGUGGCGGCCCAGCACGCGCCGCGCCCAGGACGAGGCGAUCCUGGGCCCGACGGCGGCGCGGAGAGCGGCCCGCCGCAGGUGCCAGCAGGCCUGCGAGGCCGCGCUGCGCAACCUGCUGGCGGCGGCAGCUGCGCCUGGGUCAUGGCAGGACCGUGAGCGGGCCGCCCGACCCGCCCUGCGGCUGGCAGCGGCGGGCGCUCGCGUGCCAGGCAGCGCCAGGCGUCGCAGAAAUGCGGCCUGGCAUGCUGCCGUGGCGCCAGCGGCGGGCUUUGCGCGGGCCUGCGAUGCCGCCAUCUCGGCGGCGGCGAGCGGCCCCAGGCUGGGAGCCCCCGCCCCGUGUACCCCCCCGGCAGCGCCGCGGCUGGUGGCGCCCACCACGCCCACCAAGCUGCGGAAGGAGGCGCCGCCGUGGCCUGAGGGCUGGCAGGCGCUGGGGAGCGAGGGGAAGGGGCUGGGCGGCGACGACGACGGGGACGAGACCUCCGAGCAGCCGACGGCGGCGCCGCUCCUGAGCGCCUCCCUGGGCCUGGGGCUCAGGCAGGAGGGCGCGGGGGAGCCUUUCGCCGCGGCCAGGGCCUCUGACGGCGCACACGGGGUGCCCGCUGAGAAGGAUCCUGAGGUCCAGGCCCCUGUCGAGGACGAGGAGGAGGUGAUGAAGGAGUGCGGCCCCGAGGAUAUCGGAGAGGGCGUCGGCGAGAUGCACGGCAGCGACGGGGACGGGACGUCCGAGCAGGCCAUCGACGACGCGCACGGCGUGCUCGCCGAGGAGGGCCUCGAGGUCCAGGCCCCGUGCGAUGCCGACGACGUGGAGGGCAUGCUGAAGCACCCCCAUCGGGACGCUGUGGGGGCUUGUCCGCUGCCGCGCUCUGUGCGGGCGAUCGUGCGGGACGCUCCCAGCAGCCCGACCCGGCCGUCUACGACCAAGGGGGACCAGCAGGUCGGACGCGACGGCGUGCAGGCAGCUCUGGCGGGAGGCACGGUGCGCGGGCCCGUCGCUUCGGCGGCGCUCGGGGACUCCGAUGCCUCGCAGUGCGGCCCCGAUGAGGCCCGAGAACGCGUUGGCAAGAAGGGGGGCGGUGCCUCGGACGAGUACUUCGGCCCUCCCGCGGCCUGGGCCGCUGUUGUGGCCGAGAGGGAGCGCGGGAGGCGAACGAGUCGGCCCUUCCUGCGACGCCGUGCGGAGCUCUCAAGCGAGGCCAAGGCGGCCACGCAGCGCCUCCGCACCAUCUUCGACGCCUGGUGGCGAGUCGGGCCGUACGUCAACGACCUCUACGCCUACGGCGACGGCGUUGACGGCCCCGUCGGCGUGGACUGGGCGCAGCGGUCCUUCGAGCCGCAGAUG